GUGAAAGUUGAUUGCCAAAUUUUGACAGUUCUAUGAUGCAUUUCUCAAAUCAAUACACGCCUAAAGUUUGAAUAUGGCACAGCAUAAACAAACAGCUCAUGAAUUUAUUCAAAGCACAUUCAGUCCACAAAUAGCCGCGCUGUGCAGUAAUGAUGCAGAGUUGUUAUGUCAGAAAAACAACCUGUCAUUUGUCCAACUCGUUCAGCCUUUUUGUAGACUGAAGACAGAGGCACACAUAAAAGAUCCGAACAAUGUACAGCAUAAUGUACAACAUCUGCGGAUCAGCAUGGUGGACAUGAACUGUCAGAUACCCCCAGCUGCAGCAGCCAAGAAGUUAAUGAAUGAUGCCGUAAAUAGUGAACAACAAGUGAUGGCAGAGGGAUCUAGAGGGAAUGUUAUCUCUGUGGGAGAUUAUGACCUUCAACUGAGCUCUUCCACACCAUGGUUUGAAGCUUACAGAGAGUGUUUCCUACAGACUUUACCACCAUCUGAUCAUGAGUUCCUCAAACAUUGUCUAGCUUGUAUAUUUGUUGUGUCUUCCAACCACACAGACCCUCUGGCGAUGUUACAAACAUUGUCGAGUAGUCAGCAACAACAGCAGUCCCAGUUCCCAAACAAACUGCCACACUGGUUCUGUCCAAAUAUUCUCAAAUAUUAUGUUCUUGUUCAUGACGUAGUGGAAGCAGAGGCCUCUAAAGCUGAAGCAGUUUACCAAAGUAUGAAGUCAUCUUUCGGUCAUCAAAGCUGCCAUUUGUUACAGAUCAAUUCUCGUUCAUUAACGACGGUCGAAACAAUGAAGAUGGACACAAGUCUGCCAGAUCCAUGGGGACAAUUUCUAAAUAAACCUACAGAUGUAGGGAAAAAGCCUCAAAAGGCUAAAUAUUUUAUACCUUGGGAAGGGGUUGAUUACGAUGCCGGGGGCAGCAGUGGUGCCGAUGAUUCCAUGUUCCCUACAAGGCUGGAAGAAGGUGCACCGGAAACUAACAACCAUGUUCUAGACACAAAUUCCCACUCUGAUGAAGGUAUAGAUGGUCUAGGCUCAGUGACUAACUCAGUUAUGGACCAUCCCUUGGCCUUGUCAGAUGAGAGCCCGCUACAGAGCCCGACCUUAGAAUACAGCUCGGACUACCAGGGCUCCACUAGCAGUCUCAACAGCGUUCAGUCAGCCAUGUCAAAAUCAUCCUCAUUUAAUAUGCAAAACAAAGGUCAAUUUCCAGGACACGGGAUGUGUCUCACGGCCAGUGAUCAAGAUCGCAUUAGGAUAUUUAUACACGAGUUUGCCGUGCGAGCUCUGAUACCCUGGGCGGAGCGACAGAUGAGAACUUUGAAUGACAUG